AUGACGACUCUCAUCCCGCGUGAGCCGUACUCCCCGGAGGAGCUGGAACGGCUCUAUCCGAAAGCAUUGAAGCUACAACUGGUUCAGGUGUUCCUCCGUCAUGGUGAACGUACGCCUGUCUCUUCGCGUUUCCAAAAUACAGGCUUGAGUCCAUACUGGCCGUAUUGCAAUGUUGCGCGAAACAUGGUUCAGAUUGCGGCGAGCAAGAAUGAUCUCUCUAGUUGGGACGGGUUCCAAUGGCGCCGGAAAAUCGAGACCUUUGGUGACAACGACGAGGCUAGAGUUGCGGCGGGACCCGGCGGUAACCUUGAUUCGAUUUGCCAGCACGGUGAAUUGACAGACAAGGGCCGUGAGACGACCUAUGCCCUCGGUCAGCGCUUGCGCCAUCUCUAUGUUGACCAGCUUGGGUUCAUGCCCAAGAUCAAGGAAGAUACCGAGGAUAUGUACUUGCGGGCUACAUCAAUCCCCCGCGCUUUGGAAUCUAUGCAGCAGGCCUUCUGGGGAAUGUACCCUACCAGCGCCCGCACGCAGAACUUUCCACCGCCGGUGAUUGUCGCACGUCCUGUGAACGAGGAGACUCUAUUCCCUAACGAGGGUAACUGUCGACGAUUCCGACAAUUGGCUCGCCUCUUUGCUGACCGCGCGGCUGCCCGAUGGAACGAAUCCGAGCAAAUGGACUAUUUGAAUCGACUGUGGUCCAAGUACAUGCCUGAGUCAUCGCCCAAGGUCGCUGUUGAUGCCCAUCCCCGUCUGUCUGGCAUCAUGGACACCAUUAAUGCUAGCGAUGCGCAUGGACCGGCCACUAGGCUCCCCUCUGAGUUUUACGACAAGAAGGCCCGUGCUGUCCUAGACCGCAUUGCGGUUGAGGAAUGGUUCGCUGGCUACAACGAAAGCGCUGAGUACCGCAAACUGGGCAUUGGUGGUCUGAUGGGCGACGUUGUGGAUCGCAUGGUCAGCACCGCUGUGGACGGCGGCUGGCACAGUAAAACUUCUGCUUCUGGGUCUGGUAACCCGGAGUCUAGCAAGGCUAUUAAAUUCGCGAUGAGCGGUUGCCACGAUACUACGCUUGCGGCGAUUCUGUCCAGCGUUGGAGGUUUCCAGGACGGCUCAUGGCCGCCUUUUACCUCGUCUAUCGCUGUUGAGCUUUUCUCGCAAGCUCCCAGCAGCCGUACUGAAGCCGGUACUGUUCUUGAGGAAUUUUCCAACCCGGCCGUUGUCUCUAUGAAGGGUGUCUUCUCGUCGAUGUUCGGCCGUGGUAAGUCUGUGGAGGAAAAGCAUGCGCCGUCCGCGACCGCGCGUGCACCGCUGGACUCUUUCCCGGAUGAGGCCCGCGAGUCUCUUCGCAAGCACUAUGUUCGUAUCCGCUACAAUGACCAGCCCGUGAUUAUCCCGGGCUGCGCAGCCAAGCCCGAGAACCACCUCCCCGGAGAUGAAACUUUCUGUACACUCGAUGCCUUCAAGAGCAUUGUUGAUAAAUUCACUCCGAAGAGUUGGACUGUCGAGUGCACGCAGAACCUAGGUGCAGGCCUACAUGGCGUCAAUGACUCGGAACGAAUCCCUGCUGGAUUCUAG